GAUCGGGGUUUGACAAACUCAGCUGUGUACUACAAAAGCGCGCCUACGACAUUUACUGUACAAGAAAACAGUUCUAUUAUAAAGUUAAUGGUCUAUAAUAGUGGGACUGAAACGUCUGAACAAUUAGGUUAUAAAGGAUAAAGUCGCUGCGCUCCGAGUUACAUACGCAAAGUUUGACGCCAUAUUGGGAAGGGCCAUAUGCCUUCUCACUGCUGUGCGUACAAUUGCAAAAACAGAGCGGGAAGAAACAAGGAUGUGACUUUUCACAAAUUUCCAUCAGAUGAGAAAAGGAGAAGGGAAUGGGCAAAAUCCCUGAGGCGGGCUGAUGAGGAAGGGCAGAUGUGGAUUCCAUCAAAAUAUGAUGUUAUCUGCUCUGCGCACUUUAAAGAAGAAGAUCUUGACAGAACAGGCCAAUCAACGAGGCUGAGAGAUGGGGUGAAGCCAGAGGUAUUUGAUUUUCCACGUCGUUUGAAGAGGAAAGCACCACCAAGGAGAAGUGAGGGGAAUGACGAGGUAAACCCAGUGAUUCCUGAAUACUCUGCCACCACUGAUAUUGUUACUGAACAGCAACAGCAAGCUGUCCUUACAGCCCAGGAUCACCCUUACCAACUACCUGACAGCAGGGAUUUGAGAGCUCGGAUUGACAGACUGAACCAGCAUAGGUUAAAACUGGAACGGGAGUUACGGAAUGCUAAAGACAGAGAGAAGCGUUCCAGGAUAAACUGCCUUUCACUUCUGCAAGACUUGAGAGAGAAAAGCUUGGAAACAGAGGAGUUACAGAGCAAACUUGAAGCCUUCACAGAUCUCCUUCAAAUCCCUGAAAGUGAAUCUUCAGAGGAGCAAAGACCGUGUACUGGAGACAGCAUGACAUAGACUACAGUAUUUUGACCCGUUGGACUGUUGUAUGAUCUUCACAAAGAUCAAAGCUAACCAAGUUAAUAUUGUUUUAAAUGAAAAUAGUAAACUUUUUGUAUUAUAUAUAAAAAAUGUAGAUUCUGGAUACAUCUACAUAUCUUUUUGUAUUCGCAUAGCAAAUUCUCAAUAGACUUGUCUGUCUUGAUGUAAAAAAUAAAUACAUUCUAAAUGUCAAAUUAUCAUUCAGUGCUUUGUCUGAACGUUUAAAGAUUAUGUGAUAGAGAAUAAAGCCUUGAAAAGCUACACUUUAAUAAAUAAUUUGUGAUUUUGAAAGUAGUGAUACUCCUAAAUUCUACAUGACUCACCAUCUAAUAGAUACCUAAUGGAAAUACCCAAAAACAGAUUUAGCUUCAGCCACCGUUCACCUGUUUGCAUUAAUUGAAUCUCUAAUUUCACAAAAAAAAAAA